AUGGACAAUGCACCCUUUCAAGUAGUGUAUCUUCUUCCUGAACGCACCACCGCGCCACAAACGUCCGCUCCGCCCCGCGUCGGCGUGCUCGACGAUGCGAGCCAGAAUCUCAAGUCGAGCGUGCGCAAGCAGCCCCAGCGCAGGCGCCGAUCACACCUACUCAGGAUGCCUCUGGAGAUCACCAGCAUGAAUGCAUCGAUCCCAACCGUCUCACUGACAUCUCCGCAGAUUCUCGCUUGCCUUCCUCCUCAAGAUUUGCUCAGCAUGUCCAGGCUGUCUCGCGCGUUUCGCGGCGUCCUCCUCUAUCGCCCCACGGCACUCCCUCUGUGGCGCAGCGCGCUGCACAUCAAGCCGGGCUCCUCUCGUAUCCCGACGAGCAUGAACGAGGUCCAACUCGCGCACCUCGUGUUCGGCUCCGAUUGCCAGUUCUGCGGCAGCAGGCGCCACGUUGUGGCCUGCUACGCUGCUCACGUGCGCUUAUGCGGCAAGUGCGUCAGGAACCGCUUCAUGCCCUCCAGAAACCUGCCGACAUCUCUGAAGUGGAUACUACCCAGCCUCUCUGGGAGGUCCGGUAUCCUCCCGUAUGUAGAGGAUGCCGUGUCAGGAGAGACGCUGUUCUGCAAGCCGACGGUAGAUGAGUACGCGCAGAAGCUGGAUGCCAUCGCGCAGACCAACAUCGCGCCACCGGCUGAUUGGGUCAGAACAAAGAGGCGCAAGUUUCUUUCUGACCUCGAGUUUCAAAAUCAGCGCAAGAGACAACAGUACAGGAAGGCAGAGAUCCUCAGACGCAUGGAGGAAGAGGGUUGGCAAGAGGAAGUGUCCAAAAACCCUAACGUCCUGUCCGGCGCUUCCUUCUUGCGCAACAAGGCCGUGAGGACCAUGAAGCCUCUCUCUGAGAAACGUACGCUGCGCGGGAUCGCUGUCGCGCAUAUGACAAACGCCAAAACUGCCCGCCUCGAGCGAGAGCGAGUCGCCGUCAUCGAGGCGCUCAACGAAAGCCUCACUAGCGUCCACGCCGACUUCCGCCGCGCGCAGCCCUUCCGCGCGCUGGUGCCCACCGCCGGGGACAUGGCCAAGGCACCCGUCGUCAGGCGCCUAUGCUAUACGGCCGCACUCGCGUCGGUCUCCCCCACGUUCGCCGACCGCUGGCGCGCGCACUGCGAGGACCUCCUCCUGGACAUCAUGCGCGCGCAGGGCGAACUCGCCCCGGUGCGCGCGGCGCUCGGCCUCGCGACGACCGUCUUCGCGCUCUGCGGCACCGACACGCUGCUCACAUACCCGCACAUUCUCUGCGAGCCCGCGCUGGACAUGCAGCUGGGCCUGCGCCGAGCGGACGUGGUGCGCCGGAUGGUCGCGCUCGCCGGGCGGGACCCGCACGCGACAGGCGCGGUCGCGAUGGACGCGCUCGACCCGUGCGCCGGGCGGCGGCGCGCGUACACGUGGCGCGGCAUGCUGAAGCUCGGCGCGCGCUGGUGGGGGCGGCCCUUUGCGGUGCUCGGGCCCUGGGAGACGGGGGCGGCGCGCGGGCGGGCGGGCGUUGCGUUGUUCAGCGGCGGCGAUGCGCUCUGCGCGCGGUGCGGGGCGCGAUUUUCCGCGUCUGCGGCGUUGCGCGCGCACCUGUACCAAGCGCACAGUGUCUUGAGGCCGACCAGCGCGGACGUCGUUCUCGAUUAUGGCCUGUCCGACGAUGGGCGUCCUGCUCACGCUCCUCGUCGAUAGCUUGUGAAGCUCCUCGUCGCCAGCCUGGGAAGGCGUUGCGGGGCGUACACGUGCGCUCGAAGGCCGUGAGCUUUUAUCAUCGGCGAGAGCAGGUGCACCAGACGACGGCACCGAGGACGAACGGCGGGCGCAUAGGUGGCGCGGCGCGCGACUCUUGGACACCUGCAAGCGCCCGAUCCUGGAUAGCUGACUC